AUGGAUAAUACUAGUAAAGUGGACAAUAUUGAACCAAGUUUUCAGGAUGCCGUCGUCUUCAAGUUUACAAACUUCGUCUGCGAGAGUUACAAUCAAUCCUGGUUCGUGUUCCACAACUAUCGUCUGAAGGCCGUCAGUCGCAACAAAGUGCUUCUCAAUAUGAAUGGUACGGUACUACAUCCGGUCAACAAUAUUUCAAUUCAUGUCAGAAUGUUAAAAAAGGCAAACGGCUACAAGCCCUGGCUUUUCGAUAUUUAUUUUGAUGGCUGUCAGUAUUUUUUCAAGCGGAAUCAACCUGUUUUUAAUAUAAUUUAUGGGCUCUUCAAAGAGUUUACUAACAUAAACCACUCAUGCCCCUACGUGGGUCCACAGAUUGUCAAGGACUUUUAUCUAAGACCUGAGCUACUGCGUCUUCCCUUUCCAACAGGGGAUUAUUUAUUGGCGCUUCAGUGGUACUUCGAUAAGAAGCUACAGUUUGAUACGAACGUUAGUUUUACAUUCGUGGAAGAUUUAAUGAAGAGAAAUUAGUGGGAAUCACCUGAAUACAGAUUCAGUAGAAUCCUGAAGAUCCAUGAAA